GUUCAGAACCGCAGCCUGAGCCGAACCGAGCCCGGAACCAAGAGGGAGGACCGCCAGCACGCGCACACGGUCACGUCCACACGCGCGCGCGCGGGUCAACGGCAGGAAAGCCGCAGCGACCGGGAACACCGAGCGAGGCGAACUCUCAACUGCGCCGCGGAAUUUUCGCUGCAGAACCGCGUCCCGCAACGAGUCUCACGCGCCGCUUCACGCGUGGAAAGGGCUUCCAACAUGUCGGGGAAGGACACCAACAGCGGGCACUACGCCAACUAUGUGGGACCGUACCGGCUGGAGAAGACGCUGGGAAAGGGGCAGACAGGUCUGGUGAAGUUGGGCGUUCACUGCGUCACGGGUCAGAAAGUCGCCAUAAAGAUCGUCAACCGAGAAAAGCUCAGCGAGUCGGUUCUGAUGAAGGUGGAGCGGGAGAUCGCCAUCCUGAAACUCAUCGAGCAUCCUCACGUUCUAAAGCUGCACGACGUCUACGAGAACAAGAAAUACCUGUACCUGGUGCUGGAACACGUGUCUGGAGGCGAGCUCUUCGACUAUCUGGUGAAAAAAGGACGCCUGACACCCAAAGAGGCCAGAAAGUUCUUCAGACAGAUCAUCUCAGCGCUGGACUUCUGUCACAGCCACUCCAUCUGCCACAGAGACCUGAAGCCUGAGAACUUGCUGUUAGACGAGAAGAACAACAUCAGGAUAGCGGACUUCGGCAUGGCGUCUCUGCAGGUCGGGGAGAAUCUGCUGGAGACCAGCUGUGGAUCCCCACACUACGCCUGCCCAGAGGUCAUCAGGGGGGAGAAAUACGACGGGAGGAAAGCGGACGCGUGGAGCUGUGGAGUCAUCCUGUUUGCACUUUUAGUGGGCGCGUUGCCGUUCGACGACGACAACCUGAGGAACCUCCUGGAGAAGGUGAAGCUGGGAGUUUUCCACAUGCCUCAUUUCAUCCCUCCGGACUGUCAGAACCUCCUGCGGGGAAUGAUCGAGGUCGAUGCCACCAAGAGGCUGACGUUGGAGCAGAUUCAGAAGCACACCUGGUACCUCGCCGGGAAGAACGAGCCGGAGCCGGAGCAGCCCGUUCCCAGGAAGGUGGCCAUCAGAACGUUGUCUUCUGAAGAGAUCGACCCGGACGUCCUGGAGAGCAUGCACUCCCUGGGCUGCUUCAGAGACAAGGACAAGCUGACCAAAGACCUGCUGUCUGAGGAUGACAACCAGGAGAAGAUGAUCUACUUCCUGCUGCUGGAUCGGAAGGAGAGAUAUCCGAGCCACGAGGAUCAGAACCUGCCGCCUCGCAACGAGAUUGCAGACCCUCCCAGGAAGAGAGUGGACUCCCCCAUGUUGAGCCGCCACGGCAAGCGGAGACCCGAGAGGAAGUCCAUGGAGGUUCUGACCGUCACAGAGGGAGGCUCCCCGGUCCCGGUCCGACGAGCCAUCGACAUGGCGACCCACGGUCAGAGCAAAUCUGUUUUCAGUAAAAGCUUGGAUAUCACAAACGCUAACUGCAGCAAGGAGGAAAGGUCGCGGUCGAUCAGCGGAGCGUCCUCUGGUCUGUCCACCAGUCCCCUCAGCAGUCCCAGGCCCAACAGGCGGUUUUUCAUCCCGCCCCAGUCCCCAGACCUGUGUCAGUCGCCCAACUGCAGCCCCACCCACUCCCAUGAGGUCCGCCUUAAUGGGGUGGGGCCACGUGCGCCCAACACCUACCAUCCAAAGAUGGGGUCCCCCCUCAUGCACCCACGCACGCAGACCCUCCCCGCCAAGCCCAAAGUGUCAGAGAAACCCCUGCAGACCACCAGAUCCAACCCACUCCCCACCACGGUCCAGACUUCCAGCACGCCCAACUCGGCGCCGUCCACACCGAGCCAGCCUCUGGCUCCCUGCAUCCCCAACAGCCCCCGGGUCCGGCGACACCCUCCCCUCACUGUCCCCCCCAAACUCUCCAUCCCGCUCUCCCCUGUGCCCCCCAUGUCUCCCCUCCGCCGCCACCACCUCCACCCUGACCACAACGGCAAAUCUGUCCCCAUCACACAGGUAACCCCCCACCCCUCCCCCAGAGGAAGCCCCCUCCCCACCCCAAAAGGCACACCGGUGCACACGCCCAAGGACAGCCCGACUGGCACGCCAAGCCCAACGCCGCCGCCGAGCCCCUCCAUCGGCGGGAUGCCCUGGAGAACGCGCCUCAACUCCAUCAAGAACAGCUUCCUGGGAUCACCGCGCUUCCAUCGCAGGAAAAUGCAAGUUCCCACCCAGGAGGACAUGUCCAGCCUGACUCCAGACUCUUCUCCAGAACUGGCUAAGAAGUCGUGGUUUGGGAACUUCAUCAGCCUGGAGAAGGAGGAGCAAAUCUUCAUCGUGAUCAGAGACAAACCUCUCAGCUCGAUAAAGGCCGACAUCGUCCACGCCUUCCUCUCCAUCCCCAGCCUGAGCCACAGCGUCAUCUCUCAGACCAGUUUCCGGGCGGAAUACAAGUCCACGGCCGGUCCGACGGUUUUCCAGAAGCCGGUCAAGUUCCAGGUGGACAUCACCUACACGGAGAGCACCAGCGCCACCAAGGAGAACGGCAUCUACUCCGUCACCUUCACCCUGCUCUCAGGUCCAAGUCGGCGUUUCAAGCGUGUGGUGGAGACCAUCCAGGCCCAGCUGCUCGGCUCCAACGACCAACCGGGAAUCCAGCCGCAGAUAUCUGGCAGCCCGUUGAGUAACUUCUUUGACGUAAUUAAACAGCUUUUUUCAGACGAGAAGAACCUCCAAGCGUCGAACUCCCCCGGCGCCCCCGCCCCGCCUAGCUCCCCCACCAAGCAUGCCCCCGGCAGCAGGCCCAACCAGCCCUCGCCCAAUGACUCGAAAUGCCCCCCUGGCAAAGACAAAACAAAGAUGGCCGGCGGCAGCAGGACACAGGAACAGCCUUAAGGAGCGGUAGCUGUGCAUGACUAGAGAAGCCGUAACCAGGGGUCAUCCAUAAUAACUAUUAACCCCGACGGCUCCUCCAGGAGAGUCCUAAACCGAGGAAAAGACCGAGGACACCCCCCACCGAGUCCCUUCUGUCCCACGGCACAGAGACGUCUCAGCAGAGUUGCAAAAAGAAAAAAGCCUUAAGACAAUGACGUUUGUCAGUCUCCUCACACACAAACCCCUCCUCCCACUCCUCCCACAUGUACAUGAAAAACUCUGACGCAAACAAGGGAGUGAAGGAGACGGAGGCUGGACGCAGGACGGACGGAGGGACACACUUUGGCUGGAUUCUGGGUUGUUUUUGUUUUUUUAACUCCUGACUUUUAGCAAAUGAUUUCAUGCGACUGGAGGCAGCCCUGAACAGCGUUUGUGGGAUGAAAGUAUUUAAAUGAAUGAUUUAUUCUGUUGUACAGGAAGUAUUGUGACAUCAUGUUUAUUAUAAUCAGGUGAGGCGUGGUCACACCAGGUACCGUUGAUCUGCGCCUGUAGGAGCUUUAGGUGAACAAACAGGAUCUGUUAACUACAGAGCCGCGCACACACACACACACACACACACACACACACACACACACACACACACACACACACACACACACACCUCUAUACGUUUCAGCAGGUCUCUAAACAGACCAGAUCAGUUGUUUUACAGGCACAGUUCAACUUCUCAGACACGGUUUUGUGUAAAAGUCAUGAAUGCCUCCUGAACAGCUUCUGUUCAGAGAACUGGUUCAAAUGAAACCAGGACUGAACACCCAUGUGAGCAUGUUCGUCAUUUUGAAACGACUUGAACCUACAAAAUAAAAUAAUUAUACUUGUCUGUUAUAAAACUUUAUUAUAUUUACAGAAAUCAUAAUCUUUAUGUUUCUGCUGACGGUGGUGCAAACGUUUGUAAAACAACAUAAAACACACUUUGAGCUUCACUCAGACUAGCCGUUAGCUUAUCAUUCCUGAAGGACAAACGCUGAACGAAGGCUGUUCAGGAAGAUGGAAACUCUGGCUUCUACACUCAGGAUCAGGUUUUAUUUGAACGGAUUAGAUCAAAGCUACACGGCUGCUACCUUCACGCCACGAGUAACCAUAAACGCUAAUGAGACGCUUGCCCAGGUGCAGAAUUAAACAGCUCCUGGUGGGACCGGGCCUCUCAGAUUAAAUGUUUGAUUUUUUAAUUUUGCACUUUAGAGAACAUUUGUGUUCAGUUACGUUUUUAUUCGUCUGUUCAGGUUUUUGUAUUUUCUGCAGGAUUCAGAUGAUACUGAACUGCUGUAAUUCUGUGUUUUUUUAAAUAUUUAAUUCAGUUAUUUAUACCGGAUGUAGAGAAUGUUCCUAAUAUCAAUGAUUUAAUGCUAUUUGUCACUUUUAAGUUAUUUUUUAAACGUGCUUUUGUUUCCCGCCCUUUGUUGAAGAGAGAAACCUUGUAAAUUAUACGUUGGGGGAAUAAUUUCUGUUGUAAUUUAAGAAUGUAGACUUAGCCUCUCUGAGAGGAACGUAAAUGUCCCCCCCACCCGCCCGAACGACGACUCAGACGCUCAUCCUGUAAAUAAGCAGAGUUUAACAACGAGCUUAUUUUAAUGAAAAACACAACAAGGGGAUCCUGCUGGCAGCUCUGACGUGGUACGUCUGUUUGCAUGUUCAGCAUCUGUCUUUUCUUUGCAUGUCGCUGUUGGGACUCGUUCUUUUACUCUCCAUGCUAAUUAAUUUAUUUAAUUUAUUUGCCUGUUUCUCCUCCUUUCGACUGCUGUGCACACACACACACACACAGUUAGCAACGCAUCCUCGUCGCUCAUUUUCUCACAGAGGGAUCCGGCUUGGGCGCUGGGUCAUCGGAGAAAAACUAAAGCAAUACCUUCCAUUGUUCGCUUCCCUCUGUUUUAUAUUGUGGGAAUCCGGGGCACACGGAACGGAUUCGGAGUUUUACCACGGAGCAGGAUAAACGCUGGCAAUGUAUUCCCUCGUGAUGUUACUGUGAACAACUUCAGUGCUAAAGGAAUAAACCUGUUGACUUUA